CGUCCUUUCAUACAGACAGUGUUCACUGUCGGCUUGGUUUUUUUUUAUUGACAGAGAGUUCACAACAACUCAGCAUACUUUUAUCUCCGGAUGAACAAUUGGAUCAUUGUUUUGCCGAGAAACAAUGGAGGAAAUUGAUAGUCCCAGAUCUUGCUAGACAUGCAAGCACCCAAUUCUCAAAAGUAAACUUACGCUAAAAAAAAUAUUGUUGUUGCUUGUAGGUUAGGCGUCGAUACACGAGUGGCUUGCUUUCAAAAUUUGUUUAACUUGUUGUAUCGCUAGAUAUUGUGAGUAGAAUCAGAAAAGAAUUAAUUUUCUAUAACUAAACAAUGGCACACCACAGUGGACCUCCAAAAAGAAAAGAAAUCUAUAAGUAUGAAGCACCAUGGUCUCUAUACAGCAUGAAUUGGUCUGUGAGGCCAGAUAAAAGGUUUCGACUUGCUCUGGGCAGCUUUGUUGAAGAGUACAAUAACAAAGUGCAAAUUGUAUCGCUCGAUGAGGAUACUUCUGAGUUUGUAGCAAGAAGUACCUUCGAUCAUCCAUAUCCUACCACAAAAAUUAUGUGGAUUCCUGAUAGUAAAGGACUAUUUCCUGAUCUCUUGGCUACCUCUGGUGACUAUCUAAGAGUAUGGAGAGCAGGUGAACCGGAAACACGGAUGGAAUGUGUACUAAACAAUAAUAAAAACUCAGAUUUCUGUGCACCUCUCACUUCCUUUGAUUGGAAUGAGGUGGAUCCAAAUUUGGUAGGAACAUCGAGUAUCGACACAACUUGUACUAUUUGGGGUCUUGAGACAGGUCAAGUAAUUGGUCGAGUGAAUCUUGUUUCAGGACACGUGAAAACACAGCUUAUCGCGCACGACAAAGAAGUUUACGACAUAGCAUUCAGCCGAGCGGGCGGUGGUCGAGAUAUGUUCGCGUCUGUGGGUGCCGAUGGUUCGGUACGCAUGUUCGAUUUGCGUCACCUUGAGCACUCCACUAUCAUUUAUGAAGACCCUCAGCAUACCCCACUUCUCAGGCUCGCCUGGAACAAGCAGGAUCCAAAUUAUUUGGCCACUGUUGCCAUGGAUGCUUGUGAGGUUAUCAUCUUAGAUGUUAGGGUGCCUUGUACACCUGUUGCUAGGUUAAAUAAUCACAGAGCAAGUGUUAACGGAAUAGCAUGGGCGCCACACUCUUCGUGUCAUAUUUGCACAGCUGGCGACGAUCAUCAAGCGUUAAUAUGGGAUAUUCAACAAAUGCCGCGAGCAAUUGAGGAUCCGAUUUUAGCCUACACGGCUGCUGAAGGCGAAGUUAAUCAAAUACAGUGGGGUGCGACUCAACCCGAUUGGAUCGCUAUUUGUUACAACAAAGCCGCGGAGAUUCUUCGAGUGUAA